GGGGGGAGUGAGUGAGGGGGGAAAAUGUUGACGAAAUUCGAGACGAAGAGUAACCGAGUGAAGGGGCUGAGCUUCCACAGCAAGCGGCCAUGGAUCUUAGCCAGUCUCCACAGCGGCGUGAUCCAGCUCUGGGACUACCGGAUGGGCACCCUCAUUGAUCGGUUCGACGAGCAUGAUGGCCCCGUUCGCGGCGUUCACUUUCACAAAUCGCAGCCUCUCUUCGUUUCCGGAGGUGAUGAUUAUAAAAUUAAGGUAUGGAAUUACAAGCUGCAUAGGUGUCUGUUUACCCUCCUUGGACAUCUUGAUUACAUUCGAACUGUUCAAUUUCAUCAUGAGUACCCAUGGAUUGUUAGUGCAAGUGAUGAUCAGACAAUCAGGAUAUGGAAUUGGCAGUCUCGGACAUGUAUUUCUGUCUUGACCGGUCACAACCAUUAUGUGAUGUGUGCCUCAUUUCAUCCCAAAGAGGACUUGGUUGUCUCAGCAUCAUUGGAUCAGACUGUUCGGGUCUGGGAUAUUGGUGCCCUGAGGAAAAAAACAGUUUCCCCUGCUGAUGACAUCCUGCGGUUGAGUCAAAUGAACACGGACUUCUUUGGUGGGGUUGAUGCUGUGGUGAAGUAUGUCUUAGAGGGCCAUGAUAGAGGUGUUAAUUGGGCUUCUUUUCAUCCUACACUCCCCCUAAUUGUUUCUGGUGCAGAUGAUCGCCAAGUCAAGAUUUGGAGAAUGAAUGACACAAAAGCUUGGGAGGUGGACACAUUGAGAGGCCACAUGAACAAUGUCUCCUGUGUUUUGUUUCACUCAAGGCAAGAUAUUAUUGUUUCAAAUUCAGAGGAUAAGAGCAUACGUGUAUGGGAUGCAACAAAAAGGACUGGCCUUCAGACUUUCCGUAGGGAACAUGACAGGUUCUGGAUCCUUUCAGCUCAUCCUGAGAUGAACCUUUUAGCAGCUGGGCAUGAUAGUGGAAUGAUAGUGUUCAAGUUAGAGAGAGAACGACCUGCUUUUUCAGUGAGUUCUGAUUCUCUUUUUUAUGUGAAGGAUCGAUUCCUUCGAGUUUAUGAAUAUUCAACUCAGAAAGACACGCAGUUGAUACCAAUUCGGAGGCCUGGUUCAAACAGCUUGAAUCAAAGUCCACGCUCCCUUUCAUACAGUCCUACUGAGAAUGCUGUCUUGAUAUGCUCUGAUGUGGAUGGGGGUUCUUAUGAACUAUAUAUUGUGCCUAAAGACAGUUUUGGGAGGGGUGACACUGUGCAAGAUGCAAAAAGAGGAACUGGAGGAUCUGCUGUGUUCAUUGCUCGAAAUAGGUUUGCAGUGCUUGAGAAGAGCACCAAUAAUGUUCUAGUCAAGAAUCUCAAAAACGAAAUUGUCAAGAAAAGUGCUCUUCCAAUUGCUACGGAUGCAAUAUUUUACGCUGGGACAGGAAACUUAUUAUGUCGGACUGAGGAUAGGGUUGUUAUUUUUGAUCUCCAGCAGAGGAUUGUUCUUGGAGACCUUCAAACAUCUUUUAUUAGGUAUGUUGUUUGGUCACAUGACAUGGAGAGUGUUGCUUUGCUGAGCAAGCAUUCUAUUGUUAUAGCUGAUAAGAAGCUGGUGCACCGCUGCACACUUCAUGAGACGAUUCGCGUUAAGAGUGGAGCCUGGGAUGACAAUGGGGUUUUCAUAUAUACCACACUAACCCACAUCAAGUAUUGCCUUCCCAAUGGAGAUAGUGGAAUUAUCAAGACCUUGGAUAUCCCUGUCUAUAUAACAAAAAUAUACGGAAACACAAUCUUUUGCUUGGAUCGAGAUGGGAAGAACCGUCCGAUUAUCAUCGAUUCAACUGAGUAUAUCUUCAAGCUAUCACUGCUGAGGAAGAGAUAUGAUCAGGUAAUGAACAUGAUAAGGAACUCAGAACUCUGUGGCCAAGCAAUGAUUGCGUAUUUGCAGCAGAAGGGCUUUCCUGAAGUUGCUCUUCAUUUUGUCAAAGAUGAACGGACUCGUUUUGGCUUAGCACUUGAGAGUGGGAACAUUGAGAUUGCACUUGAAUCUGCGAAAAAGAUAGAUGAGAAAGAUCACUGGUAUAGGCUGGGAGUGGAGGCCCUUCGGCAAGGUAAUGCUGGCAUAGUUGAAUAUGCAUACCAGAAGACAAAGAACUUUGAGAGGCUCUCUUUUCUUUAUCUGAUAACGGGGAACCUGGAGAAGCUAUCCAAGAUGAUGAAAAUUGCUGAGGUGAAAAAUGAAGUUAUGGGUCAGUUUCACAAUGCUUUGUACCUUGGUGACAUUCGUGAGCGUGUCAAGAUAUUGGAGAAUGCUGGUCAUCUGCCCCUUGCCUACAUCACAGCCUCUGUUCAUGGGCUCAGUGAUAUUGCUGAGCGUCUUGCUGAAGAACUUGGUGAUAAUCUUCCAUCAUUGCCAACAGAAAAGAAGGCUUCUCUUCUGCUACCUCCAAGUCCUAUAUCUGGUGGUGGAGAUUGGCCUUUACUGAUGGUCACUAAAGGCAUAUUCGAAGGUACUUUAAAUAUUCCCAAUGGAGGUGCACAAGAAGAAUAUGAGGAAGCUGCUGAUGCUGAUUGGGGUGAGGAGUUGGAUAUUGGUGAGGUUGAAAAUCUGCAGAAUGGUGAUAUUAGUAUGGUUCUGGAGGAUGACGAAGGUCAAGAAGAAAUUGAGGGAGGAUGGGAUUUGGAGGAUCUGGAUCUGCCCGUUGAAGCUGAGACUCCAAAGACUGUUACUAAUGCACGCUCUUCUGUUUUUAUUGCUCCAACCCCUGGCAUGCCAGUGAGCCAGAUUUGGGUGCAAAAAUCAUCUCUUGCGGCUGAGCAUGCUGCUGCUGGGAACUUUGACACUGCAAUGCGGUUGCUGAACCGGCAAUUAGGGAUUAGGAAUUUCUCUCCUCUAAAGCAAUUGUUCAUCGAUCUUCAUUUAGGCAGCCACAGCUACUUGCUUGCCUUUUCAUCAGCCCCAGUGAUUUCAGUGGCUGUUGAGAGAGGAUGGAGUGAAUCAGCAAGUCCUAACGUGCGGGGUCCACCUGCCCUUGUGUUCAAUUUUUCUCAUCUGGAAGAGAAACUUAAAGCUGGUUAUAGGUUGACAACUCAAGGGAAAUUCUCUGAGGCUCUGCGAACUUUUCUGAACGUCCUUCACACAAUUCCCCUGGUGGUUGUUGAGUCACGAAGAGAGGUGGAUGAAGUCAAAGAACUGGUUAUCAUUGUGAAGGAGUAUGUUUUGGGUCUGCAAAUGGAGCUUAAAAGGAAGGAAAUGAAGGACAACCCUACUCGCCAGCAGGAGUUGGCAGCGUAUUUCACCCAUUGUAAUCUCCAGCUUCCACAUUUGAGACUUGCAUUACAGAAUGCCAUGACCGUAUGCUUCAAGGCAACUAACAUGAUUACAGCAGCCAACUUUGCUAGGCGACUAUUGGAGACCAACCCAACUGUUGAAAACCAGGCCAAGGUGGCCCGGCAAGUGCUGCAGGCAGCUGAAAAAAACAUGCGAGAUUCAACACAACUGAAUUAUGACUUCCGAAAUCCUUUUGUCAUCUGCGGUGCCACCUAUGUCCCCAUCUACCGUGGACAGAAGGACGUCAGUUGCCCUUACUGCUACACCCAUUUCGUUCCAUCCCAAGAAGGGCAGCUUUGUACUGUUUGUGAUCUUGCAGUGAUCGGAGCAGAUGCAUCUGGUAUACUUUGUUCUCCCGCCCAGGCCAGGUGAUUGCAGCUUGCUUAUACCUGAUUCCACACUGGUUAUAUAUGUCAUUGAGAUGUUUUCUACUUUACCCUUGGAAACUAGGAAUAUCAAAAGGACAGGUUUUGAUCGGAUUGUCUAUUGCUGGUUUAUUAUUUGUUUCCAUUUUUGCAGUCAGUUUUUCAAACCUUUAAUCCCUCCUUAUUCUCAAUUAUUAUCAUUACGAUUACGAUUUUAUCAUCAUUGUAAUAAAGCUAUGUACAUUUUCAACUUUCCA